AUGACUUCAAGUAAAAGGUCUUGGAGCCCUCCUCCGAGGCAGUCAGGAACAUACACCCCGCUAACAGUCUCAGCUGAACACAUCUACGCAGUGAGUAAGGAUAAGGUGCCGUUCCAAAGACCUCAACCUAUUCCCCAACACAUAGCCAAGGACAAAAAGAAAUAUUGUGACUUCCACGAGUCGGCCGGACAUAGCACCUCCGAGUGCCGACAUCUGACUGACCACCCCCCGGAAAGACGUGCCCUCGGAGCUUCGCAGAAUGACAGGGUAGGCGAAAAACCUAUCGACACCCAGUUUGUAAGGGAAGGUAGCAUCAGGAGCAUAUUCGGAGGACCAUACAUAGGGGGAGGUAGCCGAAAGGCAAUGGAAAAAUACGCCAAAGAAGCAAGGGACUACCCCCUGACCAAUGUAAACCAUCUGUCAGCCAGAGCCCCGAGAGUGUUAAAGGGAGAAACUAUGGACAUUACAUUCACGGAGGACGAUGCGAGGUGGGUACACCAUCCCCAUAACGACGCUUUAGUGGUCGCUAUGCGCAUCGCCACCUUAAAUGUUCAUCGGGUAUUUGUUGAUAAUGGGAGUUUAGUCAACAUCCUCUACUACGACACCUACAAGAAAAUGGGAUUACCAGACAAAGACAUGACCGUAGAAAAUCUUUACAUAUAUGGCUUUGGAGGAGAUAAAAAAGCCAAAGGAACCAUUCGCUUGCCAGUCACCCUAGGGGAGGCUCCACGAGCAGCCACAUAA